AGCAGAGACAGUAGUAACAGCAGCAGCAGAGACAGUAGUAACAGCAGCAGCAGCGACAGUGGUAGCAACAGCAGCAGCAGCAACAGUAGUAACAGCAGCAGCAGUGACAGUAGUAACAGCAGAGACAGUAGUAACAGCAGCAGCAGCGACAGUAGUAACAGCAGCAGCAGCAACAGUAGUAACAGCAGCAGCAGAGACAGUAGUAACAGCAGAGACAGUAGUAACAGCAGCAGCAGCGACAGUAGUAACAGCAGCAGCGACAGUAGUAACAGCAGCAGCAGAGACAGUAGUAACAGCAGCAGCAGUGACAGUAGUAACAGCAGCAGCGACAGUAGUAACAGCAGCAGCAGCAACAGUAGU